GAUGACGAGGUCUCGGCCCGAAACGCCGAUUGUAUUCCUUUUCCAUAAAUCCUGUCUAGCCUGCUGAGUUCCUCCAGCAUUGUGGGUGGGUGGGUAUGUUGCUUUGGAUUUCCCCAUAAACAGAUUUUUCUCUUGAUUGUGAUUGUCCUAUUUUGUCUAGUCUGGCAAUCACCAACCUCCGUCACUACCCAGUUUUAAAAAAAGUUUCCAUCAAUCACCUAUUGACUGCUUCACCCUCCCUCUCACUUCCCUUCCCAGUCCCGAGGCAGGGACACACAGCAAAAUAUAGACCCCGCCAAAAUGCUGGAGGAACUCGGCAGACCAGUCGGCAUCGGCGUAGGAUUAAGGACUCGGCUCUUCCAUAAUUGCAGCCCAACCUGCUGAGUAGCUCCGACAUUUUGUGGGAGUUUCUCUGGGUUUCCCGCAUCGGCAAUUUCCUCUUUAUAUAGACCGCCCUCCGCUCGACCUGCUGAAUUCCUGUCGCGGUUUCCAGCCCCCGCGGCCGUUGGUGUAGCUGAUCCCGAUGGAGGGUCUCGGCCCGAAACAUCCACUUGUUUGCUCUUUUCCAUCGCUGCUGAGUUCCUCCAGUAAUCUGCGUGUGUAGCUCUUCCCUCUGCUUACUCGCGGGAGAGCCGCCCUCCCUGCACAUCGCUACGCGAAGUGAAUUGAAACUAAGCCCUCGAAAGAGCUCGAUUCCAUAAUUCUGUAAAAAAAACUACUCCCCCCCCCCAAUCCUUCCAGUUUGAUUCUUACAUAAAGCUUCAAUCUAGCACAAGCUUUAGAAGAUCUUAUUACAGUCGGGAUUUGCAUCUGUGCUAGUGCAAAAUUCCCCAUGAUAUGCCGCUUUUCAAUACCAUCUAUCUGCGGGGCGGCUCAGUUUACAUAAAACAUGAGUGGCUGUUGGGUUUGCGGCUCUUUCGCAUUCGUUGUUCAUGAGUCAAACGGGAAGCAAGAGUAACCCGGAAAUAGUGGUUUUGCUAACACUCUCUACGAAGGUCUCCGAGAGGAGUUAUGGCUCGAGAAGAUUGCACAGAGUUUCUGAAUGAUGAUGGUGCCACAUUCAGACAAGGACCAAGUGCAGAAUAUCAACCUGAAGAUGCGGAUUCAUUUGGUUUUGAAUUGGAAGGUAAGAAUGUUGAAGAAAUAAUGAAUAAUCCACUGAACAUAAACAAGACACUUGGUAUCUUCCCGUCCAUGAGUACAGAUAGACAAAUUCAACAGUUCCAAGUUUUUCUCACAGCUGUAGUGAAAAAUGAUUUGGUAUGUCGAAUAAGUCAAGUGCAGUACCUGUUGUUGCUGCACUACUUUGUUAUGGCACUCUGCUCCAGAAGCAAGGCACAGGAUCUGGCUGAAGCCAAAAAGCAAGUUAAAACAAUUGAGAAAAUGACUAAGGAGAAAGCUGAAUGCCAGGAUUUUUUGUAUGUGGCCUAUCACACUUUAGGCUGUUUAUACUACAAGCAAAAUAGGUUUGAAGAUGCCAUGCAGUGGUUUCAAAAAUCUAAACAAGAGUUCGCAGAAAACCCCCCAAACAUGGAAUGGAGCAAUGUGAUACUAAAAGCAGAAGAGAUUAUACCAGAAUAUUUUGAAGUGAAAAUAAAUGAAUAUAUUGAAAAGUGCACUGAUCCUCCUGACCCCAUAGCAACCUGCCAACAUUUAAAUUGUCAAGGAUACUACAAGAAGGAAAUCUAUCCAUCUGACCCUGAUUACAAGGGUUAUGUCGAACUUUCUUGUGACAAUAAUUGCGUCAUGCAAUAUCAUACGACCUGCUGGAAAAAGUUGAGGGAUUCUAACUACCAGGGGCAAUCGAAUCAGGAUUUCUGUUCAAUGAAUUGUAUAAACAGUGGUUGUAAAGGGAUAAUCAUAAAACUUACGAUACACAGUGCUGCAGGAAGCACACAAACAGAGUUUGAAGUGAAGAUUCCAGCUCAGCAACCACAACUUUCCACUAUGAAGAAUAAAACAAAGGAUACCGAUGCUCCUGAAGAAUCGAGUAAGUGCCCCGAGGAGAAGAAUACUGAGAUGGCAAAGGAAGGACUACAUCCAUUUUGUUCGACAGUGAAAUGUCGCCUAUUUCAAGAAAUAGCUAAGAACAGAAAGCUGAUUGAAAAUGCAAUCUGUGAAAUUGAAAACGUGUCAGAACUGUUAACGUUGUGUAACUUGAAAGAAGUACUUGCCGAGAAGAGCAAUAAGAUUUCUGCUGAAAUCAUUGUAGACCGUGUUUUGGAAUGGAACUGCAAUAUUAAGAUGCGCCACUUCCUAAGUGUGCUUAGGAAUCAGGAUAUCGCUAAACACCCAGAACUCUUGGAGUGGCUGAAGCUCAUCUUGGAAUUGAGUGACCAGUGCAGUUUGUACUUCUUAUUUAGUUAUAAGAAAAUCUUAAUUCAAGUCCUUAAUGAAGCAGGAGAUCUCGUUAUCAACAUUGCUGUAAAGCUGCUGUCUAGGAAAGCUAUAAGUCAACAGGAACUGAAGAUAUUGACUGUAACUGCGCCUGACCAAAGAUCACAUACUUUGAUGGAGCAAAUGAUCACCAGUAAGAUACUUUGGCAAAUUGGUGAGCUAGUGUUUCUUCUGGCUGAAGAGCAAGAUGCAAUUCCAAAACUGAAGCCUUUAUUUGAAGAGUUUAACCAGGAGUUUGAUAAGUUCAACAAAGGCAGUGUCCCUAAUUUUGGAAAUGCUUUGCCCAUGGAUUCCUUUUCCAAGGACCUGGAUUAUUCAUUAUUUUACCGCCUUCUUCAUCUGCUCAUAAUAAAGGGCACUGAAGUCGUUUUACAGAUAUUUGAUCGGGCACUACCACCUCAAGUAUUAAAGAGGGAAUUACUUAAAAAUAAACGCAUUUUAGAACCUUACCAUAAAGGCACCUCAAAGGCCAUGGUAAACACAGGUGAAUGGAGUUUACUUUUUCCACCUAACAACGAGCAACCCAACUCACAGAGAUUUGACAUCACGUUGCUGGCCUCACUUAUUAGACACUUGAAGAUCCUUCCCUCCCCCCGUAGAGGGUGGGAUACUGAGCCUGCGAGUAAUGACCACAGCAAAAGUGCAGCUAUAAUACACCUCUGCAACCUCCGAAACAAGCUUCUUUUCGAAACUCUGAACACUGGAAUUAAUGAAUCCGAAUUUGCUGUGAUGUGGGACAGAAUGACAGAAAUCCUUGUGAACCUUGGGGCAGAUAAGCAAGAGUUACAGGAGCUGAGGAGUUUUCCUGUUGAAAAACUGUGGGAGGAUCACCAUCGACUGGCCGGUUAUCUGGGAAAACCUGUGGCAGAUGUCAUGCAGCUGCUCUUGUCAUUUGUUCAACAAGGAAUGACUGUACAAUCAAAAGAAGCAGCAUCGACAAACUCUGUUUUACCUGCACUUCCUCCUCCACAAGAGAUAAAAGAAAAAAUAAUGGAGUCAGAAGAUCUAAUUGAUGAUCACUCAGUGAUGCUGAAAGCCAAAACAAAGUCUAAGAAGAAAAAGAAAAAGUCUAAAAGUAAAAAAGAUAUAGAUACUGAGGACGAUCAUCAAACAACGCAAGUUGCAGUUCCUAAAAGAUAUGAGGUGCUGUCAAUUCCUGUGCAAGAAAACCAAUCAAAUAAGAAUGAGGGAAGUGAGCUUAUGGCAAAUACCAUCUGUAACGUUUCUACAUUUGGAGCCAUUCCCCCAGACUCUUCGUUAUCGGUUUUGCACACUGCAACUGAUGGCAGUCAUACUGCACCCCUUUUUACAAGUCAUGAAGUUAACCAAUCAGCUGAUUUGCCUGAUCUGACCUAUCAGAGUGACGGAGAACUGGAUGACAUUGAUUUCAUCAUCAAAGAUUCCAAUGUAGAUUUGUAUUCUUCCCCAUUGGAAGCUGAUGGAGCCAUCAAAGCACGGGAGUACGUUUGUCAAAAUAGCAAAGGAGAUUCUGAAUUCAGGCAGAAAUUGAUUGAUCUUGAAACUGAAAACAAAGUUCUUAAGAAAAACUCAGAACUUUUGAUGAUUCAAUUCAAGAAAGAGCAACGACGGAGAAUUGAUGCAGAAAGCCUGAUUUCAAAACAGCAAGAACAUUAUCAUCAGGAAAUAACCCAAUUAAAGCGACAACUUCAAAGGAAAGAAGACGAGAUAAAGAAGGUUACCACACAAUAUGCAAAUGAGAGGAUGCUGUGGAAUAAGGAUAAAGCUAAACUCGAGGACGUAACUGCAAAGAACAUUGUGAAGUUGGUAGAGGCAACAAAGCGAGCUGUUGCUGCUGAGGUUUUGGUUCUGGAGUGUCGGAGGGAUAAUGGUCUCUUCCAGCUCCAGCAGGCCGAACAGGAUUGUACAGUGCACCUUAAGGCAGCAGAAGAGAAUAUGGGGAGGAAUCCUACAUCUGCUUCUGCCUGUGCAACAGUUGAUGGUUGGCAAGCAAUUGUGGCUGAUAUAAGAAACAAAAUUGAUUUUACAAAGAAUCAAUUUGAUGAACAGAUAGCUUUGUUGAAAAGUGGAACUAAGCUGAGCAUACUUCCACAAAUAAAGAUCCCACCACCACCUCCACAUCCUAAUGCAGUGAUGAAACAUUUUCUGGAACAACAUUUACAAAUGAAAUCAAACUAUUGGCAGGCUGGAUCCGGACAAUCCAGUUCUGCUAAUGGAAGGUCCGCAGUUGUCAAGGCACAGCCAGAAGUUUCUAUGUCUGGACAGGAACAGAUUCAAGUGACUGCCCCAGCAUUCAAUCAAGUUGUAGCUUGGCACAGCGGAGGAGCAGCAAGGGACGUUGCAUCAGCAGGAGGAAUCCGUGGGAAAAACAGCUUUGAAAGAAUUAUGGAGAAACUCUCAACAUAUUACCCACAAUUUACAAGAAAUUCACUGACAGAUUAUCUAAAGGAAGUGAGGCUGUCGAAUGGUGGAUCCCUGUCUGGAUUAUCAUAUGAUGAAAUUAUAAAUAAAGUAGCCCGAUUAGUGGAGUCAAAACUGUCUGAGAAGAGUAACAGAGGUCAGAAUAACCCCUCCAAGACAUCUGUUUGGCAUUCAUCUAGACAGCAGGGAUUUAAGCCCUGGGAAGGAGCUGCAGCCUUGAGUGAAGAAGAUCCUUGUGUGAUCUGUCAUGAAGAACUUACUGCAGAAUCCAUGCUUAUUUUACCGUGUGCUCAUAAGUUCCACUCACAGUGCAUUGAACCAUGGCUGAAUGAACAGAGAACCUGUCCGACUUGCAGACUUCACGUUGUACUACCGCGAGAAUUCCCAGACCUUCCCAGUCGGAAAAUUCCUCCAUUGUAGUGAGGAGAGGAGAAGAUGGCAAGACGCAGUGCGCACGGCUGAUCUGAAAUGAUAUUUGUAUUUGUACGUGGGUACCAUGCACAAACCUGAUUUGAUGGUGUCACGUACCCCGUGAUGGGAAUAAAGAACCAGCAGAAAUAGAAAACACUUUGGAGUCCAGUAUUGCUAUUAACUA